CUCCUCCGCUCCAGCAGGGGGCGAGAGCUGCCGUCGCUGCCCCGCCGGGAGCCGCUCUCGCGCCGCGCUGCUUCCGGGCCGGGCCUCGGCCAUGGCGACGGGCGCCAAGAAGGCCGUGUACCCGCUGUUCCAGCUGGGCGGCCCGCAGCUGCGGAUCUUCCGGCCUAACUUCUUCAUGCUGGCGGUGCGGCCCGGCGUGCCGCAGCCCGAGGACACCGUCCAGUUCCGCGUCUCCAUGGAAAUGACAAAAGUGGAUAUCAAAAAUUACCUUGAAAAAAUAUACAAUGUGCCGGUAGCUGCUGUGAGGACCAGGAUACAGUAUGGUGCAAACAACAAGAGGAAUCACAAGAAUCAGAGAGUGAAGAAGCCGGAUUACAAGGUCGCCUAUGUACAGCUGGAGGGUCUCUGCUUUGGUGGGCAAAUUCUCCCUCCUGGAUUGUCUGUUUUAGGUUUUUGUCUGCAAGAGAUUAGGAUCAGGGGACCACCUUUUGGUGUUGUAUUUCAUCUCAGGGGACGCAAAGGUCAAAGAAGUAUAAGUGAGUUUGUGCCUGAUAAUCCUUCCAGCAAUUUUCUGACAUGAGGCUCAGCGGUGGAAGGGCUAACACUUGAUUUCAUAGGCCUAAUUAUGGUCAUUUAACCUCUCAUUAAAAUGAAUGGAGGCAAUUUGUACCACUCGAUGUGAUAACUCCUCCUACAGACUCGGAGAACAAGGUGUGUUUUCACCCUUUCUAACGCAAAGGCUUGAAAUCCAAGGGAAAAAUACCUGUUUGAUGCUUAGGUCACUUUUUAUCUAAGGAUGUUAGCAUUUAACAAAUGAAUCUUUAUAAAGCCUUGUAUAUAAAUCAGUUUAACAUUUGGGUAGUGCUGAAGCGAGAAUUCGAGUUGUGCAGGAGUAGAAGUUUAAUGGCUCCCAUUUCUGUUAUCUAAACACUGGGCCACACAUCUCACUUGUACAUAACCUUAGAAUUUGUAGGAAAAAGGAAGGUCUCUGGGAAGACCCUAAAUUGAGAAGAGCACUUCAUAAAAUCAUCAUGUUGCUUUUAUUUUUCAGGUGUUUCAGAACCGCCUCUCUGACUUGUUUUGUUUUUUUCUUCUUUUUUUUAACAUCGUAGGGGCUCACUUAGGUAUAAGGGCAUGUGGUGGUAGAGUUUAUCCUAGCAAAUUCCAGAGUAUCAGUGCAUCACCUCACAUUGGUGAAAAAGUUCUUUUGCUGGCAGUGCAGUAUCCACUUCCAAGACAGACUAAAUUAUCUGAGCAAAAUUACUUUUUUGCCGGUGUCUGUCUUUUUUAGAGGAUUUUCUUUUAGCACAGUUACAUCAGGUAGGAAGGUGUUCUUAUUUUCUACCCCUUUCUCUGUGCUUCUAAGUUAAUUAUGCUGGCAGAAGUUCUAAAGGAGGACCAAGCCCUAGCCUUUUUAGAGCUUAUUUCAGCUUAUGUGAAUUUCAGUAAUUCAGUAAUUAAAAGGAUGACCUUGGUUAAAUGCCUUGCAAAAGGUAAAACAGUGAACAAAUGAAAGGUUUAUGAAUAAGCCAAAAUUUUGCUUUCUGGUUGAAUAUGCCAACAUUUCAUGUUCUAGCAGUUUGUAAACCAGAUAAAACCCUAAUGAACUUGGUAGAAAUUUAGUUGUUUGCUUUAUUUCAUUUAGGAUUUCAUUCUGAGGAUGCAUUUAUCAUAUGGUUGUCAAAUGGUUGCUGUAUAGAAGGGAAAACUUUUACAAAUAAAAAGCAUAAGAAAAAGCAGCACUGCGUAAAGGAGUG